UCCCGAGUACAUGCAGCUUUGCUUCAUUUCAUCUGCGGGACAACAUGUCAUCUGUUUUGCUUCAUUAAGUGAACCAGGAAGCGACGUUAGCACGAGGAAGCUCACUGCAUCAUCAGCGGGCUUCAUGUUUAAACAACUGUUAAACUAACAAAGGAGCUCUCCAAAAUCCUCUACAGCACAACAAGUCAUGAAGGUGGUCAGUACUCACAGUGGAGCGCCUUUCCUGGUGUGGAUCGUGGUUGUUCAGGUGGUCCUAUUUGGGAGUGGAGUGUACACCGCUGAUGGCACCAAAAACUGUAAACUGUUAUCUGAGUCUGAAUCAGAGCGGAAAGUUCUCAGUCGACUAGAGCCACUCGCCCAUAAGAACUUUACGGCAGAGACCAGGAGCGCAGCUGAGAAUUACACAUACGUGUUCCAGCUGUGCGGGGACGCAGCGGGUGUCGUAGGAGCGGGAGCUGUUCAGUUCGACAGCAAGAAAACAGACAUUAAACCAACAGUGAUUGGCAAGUACGAUGCAACACAGGCCAUUGGAGGAAGCGAUUGGGUGAUGCUGAUCUACAAAAACGGCGACAGUUAUGAUGAGCACUGCAACAAGGAACAGAGGAGAGCUGUGGUCAUGAUCUCUUGUGACAGGAAAACAGAUGCGGGCCAGUUGUCGGUGGUGCUGGAGGACCGGGAUCGGUUGCAGGAGUGUUUCUACCUGUUUGAGCUGGACUCAAGUGCAGUGUGUCCAGCUCUUGAGUCCCACAUCAGCACUGGCUCCAUAAUGCUCAUCAUUGGUUUUUGUCUUCUGGCUGUUUAUCUCAUUGGAGGUUUCCUCUACCAACGACUGAUUGUCGGAGCCAAAGGCAUGGAGCAAUUCCCAAAUUAUGCUUUUUGGGUGGAGUUUGGCAAUCUGACAGCGGAUGGCUGUGACUUUGUGUGUCGGUCACGUAAUCGGGAGGAAGCGCCAGCCUACAGAGGAGUGGCCUCAGAGCCCUUAGAAGAAGAGCCAGAGGAGAGAGACGACCACUUACUACCAAUGUGACCUCCACAUGUCAGAAAUGGGACAGAAAUUUUUACUGUGUGACAGUUUUACUCUUUCACAGGUUACAUGAAGUUGCUGUUAGACACAAGUCUUGUUUUUUUCGUGUGCUCGUUUAGGUUAGGGCCUGUCGACACGCUGCUUGUAUUCCAGACUUAUGCCUACGGCAACUGCUUUGUGAUCUGCUUGGCACUUAAGAGGGCAUGUUACUCAUAGAGCUGACAGACUCGUCUCCUCUGCUGACCCCCACACAUCUCAUUCAGCUGUUUGAUUUCAAACAAACGAGUGAUUCAUCUGAGAGUGACAAUACAUAGUGACUCUUCUUCCAUGGUAAUCUGACACAAAAGGGAGGAGUUAAGAUGUUGAAUUUCUACCUGAUUGAAACUUUAUGGCGUCAUGUUUUUCUGCUUAGCUGAUGAUAGGUUGUUGUCGGUGCAGGUUGCAGCAAGUUGUUUUUCCUGCGUCCUGAUUGUGCACUGACAGUUGCAGGCUAUAAAACACACAAGUGCUUCUGCCUGUGUAAUUUAGCUUUAAUUUGAUUUUGUUUUUGUGUUUUGAAAGUAAGUACUGUGAGACAUGCUAAAUUUUAAGUACUGUGACUGUGCUUACGGCCUUGAUUCACACGUAGGAAUCACUGUAGAAACCAUAGCUUGACUUUUGUUUUCCUUUCUCCAUAUUAUAGGGAAAAACUUUCACAUCAGUGCUAAUUUCUCCCUUAAAUAUCGAGUCCUAUCGGGUCCAGACACUUGUAGCGAGCCAUCCUGUUUCAUUUUAAUCAGAGAGGUCAUCAAAGCUACAUUAUUCAUCAUCAUUAAAGUUACAUUAUUGCGCUUAACUUACAGAUUUGAAGCAAAGCAUCUAACUAAAAUUCGAAAAUGAAUUAUGUCCAAAAUCAUGAUAUUUUUUUUUCUUCUUAAAGAUUCAGUGUGUAGGAUUUAAGGGAAUAUAUUUGCGGAAAUGGAAUAUUGUGUAGUAAAACAAAGAGCAGCGUCAGACAAACACUGAUUUUUUUAAAUACAUAAAACUGUCUACAAAGAGACCUAUGCGGAUAAUUAGGCUCACAGUUAAAACCUCCUGAGAAAUUAACACUGAAGGAAUCUUAACCAGGUGAAGUUUCAGCUGGUGCAAUGCGCAAUCUUCACUGCUAGACGCUACUUCACCCCUUAAAUCUUACACACUGCUCCUUUAAUGCUACAUCACAACACAGUGAUGGGCAAUAAGAAGAAUUUUACUCAUGAAUUCUGCUAUUUGUAAUUUAUGAUUUAAAAAGUAGGGAAUAUAUGUAGUAUAUUUAGCAUUAAUGAACUUUCACAGCAAAAGCCCAAUAAUUAUAGUCACUAACUGUUUAAUAGGGAACAUUAUGGUGAUCUGGAUGCUACAUGAUGAAACACCCCGUCAUUAUGAAGAGGGGAUUUUUCUUUGACCAAAUAUUCAGCCAGCUGCGUGUCUGAUGCUUUGCUUCUUUAGGAGGAUAGAGCGGCAAUGAGAACACUUAAUUUUCUGUAUCACUGUUUGAUAGUUGUAAAAAUGUUGCAGCUCAACAGUAAUGAUGUUUGUAACAUUUUUAGUAAUUUCAAACUAUUAAUGCGAGAUUUAAAGCAGGAUUUGUGGCAUUGAUGGCAGAAUGACAUUAGGAAGUUUCAGUUGUGAAUCAAGUUACUAUAUUAUUGUCAAUGUGAGCACUUACAUUUGUUUUGUUUCUAUCACUUGCUUUUUGUGUGUAUUUGUUUUGAAGUUUCUCUGCUUAUUUUCAGUCCAAGGAAUCAACUCCUGGCUUAUAAUUAGGUGGAAAUUGUUUCACCUGUGGUUGUAGUGAACUGAACAACCUCUAGAUUGAAAUAAUAGCCACCAGAUCUUUUUGUUUGUUUUCUGAUUCCAUUAAAAUAAAAUAACAGCAGUAGUUUAUGUAAAUGCCCAUUGUGGUGUUGAAAUCAGCACACACCCAAGUGCACUCACCUUUGGAGAUUUAAUGAAUGUAAAAUGUUUUAAUAAAAACAUUUCAUGCAAAA